AUGAUAUCAACAAAGAUUAGCUCGAGAAAUAUCGUUUUUAGACAAGGAAGAUUACUGGAAGGUUCAUCUUACAGGCUAACAGUUAAUGUACAAUUACCGGACGGACAGUAUGGUUGGGCGGCGUACCAGUUUAAAACGGUCUCCGUGCCGACAGGUGGGACCUGCAACGGCACACAAGCAGGCGGAGAAACUUUAGGAAUUUUACUUAAUAUCCACUGCACUGGAUAUAAUGACAAAAACAAGCAUCUCACCUAUGAGUUUUUCCAUCAAGUCGAGGGCGGUAAUUUCCACUUGUUACUGUACAGUGCUAUACCAUUUGUCACUGUUCAGAUUCCUAAAUUUGAUAGCGGGGAGGUUGACAUAAAGGUUGUCAUAAUCAAUUCGUUCGCAGCGAGAGCUGAAACUUCCUUCAGAAUCCAGGUUACAAACCCAUCAUGGACUAAUUUUCCUGUGGGUGCACCUCUCUUCUUUCGUCGUGCUGAAGCUUCCUUCACAAGAUAUUUGAAGGAAGGAUCCUUGAACGACGCCUGGCAGAUUGCACAGGUCCUCAUGCAGGCAGUUAUUACAAAUGAAGAUGCACAUUGGAUAACAAAGAGUUACGAGAAAAAUAUUAGCGACCAUAUCUUUCAAAAAUUAUCGAAUUCCAAUGCAUCAGAUGUGCAGACCGUUCUUCAGCUGUCGUCAGUCUUAAACCUGACAACUUCACAUCCAAAACAUUUAUCUUCAGCAACCAUGCACAUUGGAUUGGAAAUACUUGAGAAAUGGGUGCAGUUAAUAGACAUCAGAUUUCGCGGUGGUAAUGGGAAAGACCGUGCUCUCAACAGAGAUGCAUGGCACCUUGUGCUACAUUGCUCUGGGAAUAUUCUGCACGCCAUCACACAUAGAGUUUCUUCCUCUACAGAUGAACGAGGAAAGUUGGAAAGGAUGCAAAGAAGAGCACUAGAUCUGCAGGAGUCAAUGAUGAACUCUAUAAUGUCGUCGAGGCUCACAGGAGAAGAAUACAGCGUCAUGAAAACUAAACAUAACACUGUGAUUUUGGGAAAGCUUGAAAUUCACGAGAUGAGUGAUCUUCGAGUGGAAGAUGACAAGGCAAGCUUUACUCUUCCGGUGUUGGACGAAGGCAUGACAGAGAAAUUGUUUGAAAAUGCUAAGGAUGUGCAAUUUCAGAUGAUUAGCUACGCAGUAAACCCAUACUCCCUCCAUCAGCCAGUCGAUGAAAUCAACUCUGAGGUGCUCAGUCUGACACUCAAAGAUGACAACGGAAACGUAAUGAACAUCUCAGACCUAGGCUCAGAGAUCUCCUUGAAAAUUCCAAUAAGUGAGAAAGCAGAAAACGAGACACCAUCAGUCGAUGAGUACUCAGUCCCAGACUUCAUGUUGUAUCGAGAUUUUACAGAAAGUUAUGGAAACAGUAAAAUCAAACUGUCCUUAGACUUACAGAGGUCUGCUCCCUUUGAACUUUAUGUAAAGUAUGGCGCUAAACCAACGAAAGAGGACUAUGAUUUUGCCACCACUCUAGACAAAGAGAAUUGCCAGGAUAAAACUAGCAUCUGUGCCAAUAUAAGCCAUCGCGUUUGGUUUGAUGCCGAGCGUAAAGGGAAAUAUUUCAUUGGGCUGCUUCAUAAAGGAAUAUCGACGAGAAAGAGAAGGUCGACACUAACGGUAGAUCCUCCUGAAAAAGGUUCAAAACUGGGUCAAAUACUAAAGAAAAGGAUGCCAAGAUCCAAUUCUCAAUCGCCGCACUCUGUUGAAGAAUUGUGUGUAAAGUUCAAGGAUCCCCCAAUAGAUGAAACAACCGGUAAAGGGACGAUGGACUCUCCUCCAUACGACCCGCAAAAGUCUGUGAACUUUACAGUGGUCGUGGAUUCAGUUGGAUGUCGGUACUGGUCCGAGAGUAACCAACAGUGGUUGAAUGAUGGAUGCAAAGCUGGUAUUAAUUCCACUGCCACCACCCUGCAGUGUCUUUGUAAUCACCUGACAUCAUUUGGAGGGUAUUUUGUGGUAACACCAAACAAGUUAGACUUUGACAAAGUGGUGCGAUUUAGCAGCGAUGACCCAAAAGAUUACAUCGUCAUUAUGACAGUAUCAAUGGUGUUUCUUGUGUACUUCAUUGUGUUAGUCUUUGCCCGGCGGGCGGAUAAAAGGGAUCUUGAAAAGAUGGGUCCUCUUGUGCAUAUACAAUCGCCAGGAGGAUUCUAUCAAUACAAGGUCUCUAUCACUACAGGGACUUGGCGAAACUCAGGCACCUCUGCCAACGUUUCCAUAAAGAUUAUGGGGACUGAAUCCUCCAGUAGUGUCAUCGGAUUAUCUUGCAACUAUGAGGAGAGUAGAAAACCCUUUGAAAGAGGAUAUACUGACAACUUCCUUAUUGAUAUUAAUCGGCCAAUUGGCACGCUGAUUAAAGUUACUAUUGGCCAUGACAGUUUUGGUGAGGACCCAUCGUGGUUCCUGAACGACAUCUUCAUAACAGAUCUUCAGUUGAACUGCACAUGGACAUUUCCUUGUUUUCGUUGGUUGGGCUUAGAACUAGAGGAUGGGAAAACGACCUUAGAACUUUAUGCCGCGACUGCAAACAGGUACUAUGACUUUACAACUCAGUUCAAUAACGCCAAGAAUUACAUGUUCGCCAACGAACACAUGUGGUUCUCGAUAGCAACUAAAGAUCCAAAGGACGUGUUUACCCGAGUAGAACGAGUAACUUGCUGCUGUUUCUUUCUGCUUUGGGGAAUGAUCGUAUCUGCCCUGUUUUACCAAGGAACUAUUGACGAAACGAGACCUAUUCAAAUUGGACCUUUUAAAAUUACUAUCCGGGAACUAUCAGUUUCUGUGAUCACAGCAGUGAUCGCUUUCGUACCCAGUUACCUCGUCGUAUUUCUCUUUCGGAAGAGUAGACGCUCAAGAGUAGCAGUUGAUGGAGACUAUUAUCGUGACCGCGAUCAUGAUACCAGCGAAUCAUUCCAACUCCCUCACCUUUGCAUCUACAUUGCCUGGUUAAUCUGUGUUGCUGGCUCAGUGCUGUCUUCCGUCUUUAUGAUUUUCUACUCUCUGGUAUGGAAGGGAGAUAAGUCAUCGCGGUGGUUGGCAUCUGUAUUUCUGACCUCUACCGAGGACAUAUUUAUUUCCCAGCCCUUGAAAAUCGUAGUCAUCUCUGUAAUUCUGGCCUUAUUGUUUCCGCGGAAAAUAAUCCAGACUCACGACCUCGCAAGCAGCACUGGAAGCUUUCAAUCUGACUGCAAUUCUAAACUCUUCAGCAUUACUAAGAAAGAGAUCGAGGAGCAAAGGAAAUUCAGAAUUACUGAAAUGAAAACGAAUUUAUUUGCGAGGAACAUAGUGUUUUCGAUUGUCUUCCACGUUCUUCUAUUGAUAGUGUGUUACGGAAACAGAAGUGGUGAGCGAUUUCACCUCGCUGAAGCUACACGCAAUGCUUUUACAAACUUAAGUCAGGUCAAAAAUACGUCAGGGCUUUGGAAGUGGCUUGACGACGUUGUUAUCCCAGUGGUCUAUGCUGGUGAAUGGUACAAUGGUCAAAAAGAGCCAAUGACUGUCUAUACUGGUAACAAGCUCUCCAUCUUACUAGGCAUGCCGCGCCUACGACAAUUGAGGAUUAAAAAAGGUUCGUGUUCAGUACCUAGCGUUUUGGGGAAUUGGGUAUCCUCUUGUUACGACUUCUAUUCAAAAGAAAAGGAGGACAAGGAAGGUUGGGAUUUGAUGUCAAAUAACAGUUCUAUCCCUUGGAUGAGUGUUGCGUGUCCAGAAAACUGGAAAUACAUGUCUGAAGAUGAUGUAGGUGACUAUUCAAGUCAUGGUGUACACUCUGUCUAUGGUAGUGGUGGUUAUGUAGCUAAUCUGGGAUACCUUGAUUACACGGCUCGUCGAAUUCUGCGGGACCUUGCAAAGAAUGAAUGGAUUGAUCGUCAAACUAGAGUUGUCUUGAUUGAGGUUACCAUGUUCAACGUAGCCACAAACCAGCUUCUAGAUGUUGUGUUAUAUUUUGAGAUGAUUCCAUCGGGCUAUCUGGGAUCAUUUUUGAGGAUCGAGGUGAUUCGAAUGGCUAUGUCAGAUUCAUAUUCCACCACAAUUUACUUGAUCAUAAGGUUGCUAUUCGCCUUCUUUCUUGGCUACUACUCAGUGACUGAAUGCAUCAGAGCCUACCGGUUGAAAUGUGCAUACCUGAAAUCUCCUUGGAGCUGGCUUGAAAUGCUGCAAAUUCUCAGUGCAGUGAGCGCCGUUUUCAUCUCUAUCGAAAAAGAGAAGCAUAUAACACAAGCUCUUGAGAAGUUGAGUAAAAAUCCAUUCGCCAUCGUAAGCUUCCACGACGCGUUAUUCUGGUUCCAGAUCGAAAACCACGUGAUCUGCAUGGCAGUAACCAUAGCGACGUUACGUUUACUAAGAUUACUCAAAUUUAACAGACAAAUCAUAAUACUUUUUCUUUCUUUAAAAAAAUCCGUUAAACCAAUCUUGAGCUAUGCAGUAGUGUUCUGCAUUGUCUUCACUGCAUUUGCGCAUGCCGGGUCGCUCCUCUUUGGUAAAAGCAUCUACAUGUUUUCUUCUUUCAAACGAGUUAUUGUGCAACAACUUCUCAUGGCUCUCGGGGCCUCCGCUCCGCGUAGAGAACUCGUAGAUGUACAUUCAGACUUUGCCAGACUUUACAUAGAAAGUUUUCUUUUCUUUACGGUGGUGCUGCUCAUAAACUUUUUCGUUGCAAUCUUAAACGACGUUCAUUCUGAGUCAACCAGCGCUAACAAGGGCAAUGAGGAUAUGGAGGUAGCGAGUCGUUUGUUAUCAAAGUUUUUAAAAAUGUUUGGCAUAACAAAAGGGCCGCAGGAGGUUUCUCCUAAAACGAAAGUAGGAGAAGACGUCAGAGAGAAAAAGCAAACGAGACAAAUGUCGAUUUCUGAUACAAACUCCUCUCCGAGCCAGAAGGAGAAGACUGAAGCUUCAAAAGAAAGAAACGCGAGUUUGACCGAUUUUGAUACGAGCACACAAGCUAAAACUUUGAAACAACGACAACCCGCGCUUCUAACAGCUAAUGCAUCUCCAGUUUCAAAGGUUUCUUCACAGGAAAACAAAGAGAAGAAAGAGGAAUUCGUUUGUUCGCCUUUGACAUAUAGAAAAGAACCCAUAUCAACAAACCUGGAAUCGCUCAUUCCCACAUCAUCAGGUAAUUUAUCAGGUAACGACGAUGAGUUACAUUUCUCGGUCAGACGCACAGUACACUUUGCCGACAAUGUUCAGAUCAGGAAAGUGAGUGCUUCGUCGAACGAUUUCAUCGCUUCUUCAAUCUACUCUCGUAGUCUUUCAAAUAAACAAGAGCGGGAAAAAGGGAGCACAAGCAAAGCAACUGUAAAUUCAACCAAGAGAGUGCUAAUUAACGCAACAGACGAAAUCCACGUUACUCUAACACAUUCUUGCGACAUAUCGCAGGAAGUAUACGAAAAACCUAAGGAUAAAAUCAUCAAUUUCGAUGAUGUUAGUAAAUGGCUCAAAAGGAUCGACCCAUCAUCCAACACCUCAAGGAACAUUUCUGAGUUCCAGAGCAAAAUGUCAAGUAAUCCCAAACACGUUGCAAGUACCGUCGAUUUUGACAGAUUGAGUGAGAUAUUGAAGUUAAAAGAAAAAGCAAAAAAGCUAAGAGGAACUGCGGGCGAAAGGAUUACAAAAGAACUGAUACGCCAAGCCAAACGGCUUGACCAGCUCCUCUAUUUGCUGGAUCAGUCUGAAGGGAUCUAGUUGCCUAGAGCUUUUUGGAGAACAUAAGAAUAAUUUACACAAGAAGUACAAUUCAAACGAAAAGAGGAAGAAGAAAAUAAUGAUAUUAAACAAGGAGGUCCUCUCGUGACCAAGCAGUCGCUAAGCCUGGUCUUUGCCUGAACUCCGCCAUUUUUCAUACAAACACCAUAACUUUGACCAAUACAGCACAAACUCAAUAUAAGAUAUUCCGAAAUUUUUCCGCUGCUAGAUUAUUUGGAAUGAACAAAAAGUAAAAAAAAAAAAAAGAAAAAAAAAAGGCAUGUUGUUCAAUAAAGUUUCGUAUACAUGGUGUUAAAUAAAGUUUCGUAUACUUUAGCAUGACUAGUACAGCAAAAAGUCACGAACAAAAUGAAGGUACUAUGUACCGUGUGGUUAAAUUUAUUUCUAAAUUUGGCAAAAUGGUCUUCCUUUCAACUAUUAAAAGAAAAAUAAUAUAUAUGACUAUGUAAGAAUAAACAUUUCUUUUCUGACACAGUAGAUCAAGGGAAGUUUACAUUACAUAGAAUUAUAAAAAAUUUGACAUUAACUUACUAAAUUUGAUCGAGAACAGUUAGUUACAAAUCGGCCCAAGACAACUACAGCAGUUGUGGCAACAUUUUAUGUUGAAGUUAGUUAGACCCGAGGCCAAAGAAGUCGAAAAAAAAAA